UCAAUGCUGUACAGUCAAAUAUAUUUUUUAAAAUUUUACAUUCAGGUCAAAAUGUGGCAUCCCUGCUACCCGGUCUUUCGAUGCUUCCAAUGUCACAUUCAUUCAUGUAGUGGAAGGAAGUGAACGAAAUUUAAUAUUUGUUGCAAUUUUAUUAACUUGUGUUUGUCGAAGAAGCUCUGUGAUAAAAUAUUUCAAAUUUGAUUUGAAGCAGUAAUAAUUUCAGUAAAAAAAAUCGCUUUUUAUGAAUAUAAAAGAUAAACGUUUGAGAAAAUUUUGUUUUUAUUGCCAAACUAACAUGUCGAAAAAGCGUCAAUGUAUGCUCACUGAUGAUCUGAGCCAUGAAUUUCCUUUUCUUAAAAAGUCAAAAGUUACUGGAAAUGUGUGCUGUGAAACCUGUAACAGUGUAUUUUUCAUUGGAUCUGGAGGUAGAACUGACAUCAACAGGCAUUUAUCGACGUAUAAACAUAAACGUGCUCUAGAGGCAGCUGCAACCUCAUCGAAACUUAAUAUUUUUCUCCGGAAAGCAGAUUUUGGUGUAAAAGAACAGGAGCUUGCUCAUGCUGAAGUUGUCUUCACCUAUCAUACAAUCAUGCAUAGCCAAUCGUUUCGAUCUAUGAAUUGUACGUCGAAGCUUGUUCGUUCUCUCUUUGAACCAAAAUUUUCCUGUGGACGCACGAAGACGGAGGCUAUUGCAAAGAAUGUCCUUGCUCCGUAUUCUGUUGAUCAAACUUUGACAAGCAUGGAAUACAUCAAUUUUAUCACAAUCUUUUCUGACGCCUCGAAUCACAAGGAUACAAAACUGUUUCCUUCUGUAAUAAGAUAUUUUAAUUACAAGCGUGGAAUACAAGUUAAGCUGUUGGAUUUUGUUUCACUUCCUGGUGAAACCUCUGAUAUGAUAGCGUCAUCAAUUUUCGAAAUUUUCUGCAAAUUUGAGAUGCAGAAUAAGGUGGCAGCAAUUUGUACAGAUAACGCAAACACAAAUUUCGGUGGCCUCUUAAGAAAAGGUACAAACAAUGUUUAUGCUAAGCUUAAGGAUCGUCUUCAAAAACCUAUAAUAGGUGUAGGAUGCACUGCACAUACCGUUAAUAAUGCCAUUCAGAAUGCGGCAGAUCAACUUCCCGUAGACGUUGAGGGUAUUUUUAUAAAAAUUUAUAGUCAUUUUUAUAUUUUUACCGUAAGAGUUGAAAAACCUGAAAGAGUUUUGUGAGAUGGCAGAAGUACAGUAUAUGAAGAUUUUGGGUUAUAGCAAGACGAGAUGGCUUGCCUUGAUGCCUGCCAUUGAACGAAUAUUAAAAAUGUUUUCACCAUUAAAAUCUUAUUUUUUGUCGAUUGAUGGCUGUCCGAGAGUUCUUCGCGAUUUUUUUGAGGAUGACAGUUCUGAAAUGUGGUUGUUUUUCAUGCAUAGUCAGGCCGCGUUAUUUCACAAUACAGUGAGAAGAAUCGAAAGCGACAAAAGUACAAUUACAGAAGUCGUAAGUGAGAUUGACGAUCUUAUAUUUAAACUUCGUGAGAGGGUUAGUAACCAGUUUCUCCCGCUAAAUGUGCGUAACAAAUUAAAACAUCUCGAGGAAAAUGGUUGGCAAAAGAGUGAGUUAUUCAAAACUAGUGUUCUGAAGUUUUAUCAGAAAUGUAUUGAUUAUCUUGAUGCUCGAGUUGUUCAGUUUGAACACGUUGAUUUUCUCAAAUGGGUGAACUUUAGGGACACUUUGGAUUGGCAAUCCAUUCAAACGAGUUUCGAGUAUAUUAGCAAAUUUACUAAUUCGCAUGGAUCAGCAGAUGCAGACAAGCAAGAAGCAGAGUUAUUCGAAGAGGUAUCCUACGCGAAAAAAUAUGCAAAUGAAGAAAAAAUUAUAAGUUGGAACGAUAGUAAUGUUGAAGUCGAAGAGAGAUGGGUAGAACUUUUCAUGCAUUUGGAAAGUAAUAAUAUUCCUUUCAAUAAUUUGAAAAAAAUAGUAGAAUUCGCGUUGUGUUUGCCAGGCACUAAUGCUGUAACCGAACGAAUUUUUUCAGUCGUGAACAAAAUUUGGACAACUGAGAAAACUCAAUUGAGUGUUGAAACACUGAAAGCAAUGUUACAGCUAAGGUUUAAUUUUGACGAAACAUGUGAAGUUUUUGGUAAAAAUGUUAAUAAUGUAUCACUCCUACGCAAAGUACACAACGCCGAAAAAUAUGUUUGAUUCAUUUAA